GGAGGCGGCUUGCAGGAAGAAAAAGGAAGAACAGUUUAGUUUUAAGUUUAGGAAAAGUUGGAAGAGUACAAGAUGGAAGGAUGGAAGUAAAGGAGGAGGAACAGGGAGGGAAAUGUGUUUGCAAAGGUAUAGGAGAGGGCAAAACGUCUUCUGGAAGAAUCCUUGGAAAGGAGGGAGGAGGACACAGGUGGAAAAGUAGACAUUUAUUUUAGGAAAAAGGAAGGAUGGAGGACGGUUAAAGUGUUUAGGAAAGGAAGGCAGGGAAUAGUGAAGGAUGAAGGGUUUGGAAAGAGGACAAGGAAGUGAAAAGAGGAACAAAAGUAAUAAAGAUGAAGAACGUGAGAAGGAAUAGGAGGAGAAAUGUAUGUAACAGAGAAGAGGACAACAACAGUGGGAACUCGAAAAGAUGUAGAAGCUUUGAAGCACGAGGAAAUUUAAAAAAAGGUUUUAGGAAAGGGAAGGAUGGAGAGAGGAGGAGGAGGAUGGAAGCGUCUUAGGAAAAGGGGGGAGGAGGGAUGAAGAGGAGGGAGGAGGGGGGCAUCAACAACCCUCUUUUCCCCUCCCCAGAUGAUGAGAAGGCUGCCGAGCGCGCUGCAAUCCGCUGUGCGUUUGUUUCCCUCUCAGCCACAAAGUGCCCAAAGCACCGAUCCGUUCCGAGCCUAACCAAGCCAAGCCGAACCACGGCGUGCGUGUGCGCCCCCAAACGAACCUCCCCCCCUCCGCCUCCGCCUCCAACACCGCCACCACCACCCCACCCUCGCCUCGUCGUCUCCGACCGCCGUUCUGUGGCAAUGGAGCCGUAACCACCCUCAGUGUGUGUGACUGAGCCGAGCGCGUGAAACAGCCGCGGUACGAGAGACAGCUGAGACCAAGCGGCUAUGGAGGAGAAGCGCAGGGAGGCUGGAGUCUAGACUGCACGCAAAUCAACACAACCGGAUUACUUUUUGCAACACUUUUUGAACUCUAAUAUCAUUAUUAGAACAGGGAUUUCCUUUAUUAUUUCCUCCAACCGUCUUUAUCAUCUUAUAAUAUCAUUGCACGGCGAGGAUGCAGCGGAAGGAGGCGAGCUUUUGCACGGGAUGCUGGAGAGUAACGCUGCUGUCAUGCGUCCUGGCUCUGCACAUGAUCCCGCUGCCUGUCCACGGAAACGUUGUGGGGACCAAUGCCACUGAGCCGGACAGCGCGGCCAAUGUUACCUCCCUGCUCAGCGAGGAGGAGGGGCCUGUCAAGGUCAAUGAGGCCGUCGUCGCGGUAACCAGGAUGAGCAGCUCAGCCAGUCUGGACACUGUGACUCCGAAGGCGGGCCGGAUCCCCCGCGCCAGUGAGGAGGAUGAGCAGAGCAGCGGCUUGUUCGAUGAAACGAUGGUUCCCGCAUUGGAAGAAGUGGGCGUGGCAGCCCCGCCCCAGCUCAGCCCUGAUUCGGCUGAGACGGAGCACCUGCUGCCCAGCAACCCACACGGACAGGACGUCAUGGAGAGCAAGGAGGAUGAAGAGGAAGGGGAGCGUCUGCCAAGCACCGACCCGCCUUGGAUCCACGCCAAGGACACAGCCGUGUUUGACCUAGAUCGCCCCUUCACCACCACCACCGCCCAGCCCUCGGCCCCCAGCAACCCCUCUAACCCCGACGUCCUCCAUGUGGACUUCUUCGACCCCUCCUCUCGUGGGCGCGGCCUCGACCUGGCCCCGGCCUCUCCUUCAUCACUGGCCCAUGAGCUGCAAGGAGGCGACCCGACCUCCUGGGCGAUGCCGGACAACUAUGACUACCUCACACCCUACGAGGAUGGCGUGUCCCCCACUGCCGAUGAGUACACGUACAGCACCACGACCGACGCCUACGAGAGCGACGAUGAUCUCCGACUCGCCGCUGGCUCUCCGGCUCGCACCAAGCCCCGGGUCCCGGGGUCUGGCUCCUUUAUCCCUGGGGCGGCUCUUCCUGGUGCGGGAGGUCCGGUACCAAACGUUCCUGUGGCAGCUCCUCCAGCAUCUUCACCGGUGGAUGGUUCAGACGGGAUGGGUGGAUGCCGUGUGGGCUACCAGGUGGCGAACGGAAGUUGCCGCUCGCCCUGCGACAUGCUGCCCAACUACUGCUUCAAUGGGGGACAGUGUUACCUGCUGGAGGGCAUGGGAGUGUUCUGCAGAUGUAACGUCCAGGAUUACAUCUGGCACAAAGGUGCUCGCUGCGAGUCGGUGGUGACCGAGUUCCAGGUGAUGUGUUUGGCCGUGGGCGCCUCGGCUCUGGUGGUCCUCUUGCUCUUCAUGAUCGUCGUCUGCUUCGCCAAGAAGCUCCACGUGCUCAAGACGGAGAACAAGAAGCUGCGCAAGCGCAGUAAGUACCGGCCUUCAUCGGAGCAGCACAAUGAUAAUUUCUCCCUGUCCACCAUCGCUGAGGGCUCCCACCCAAAUGUAAGGAAACUGUGCGACACCCCUCCUAACGUCCCUCAUGCCCGUGCAUUGGCUUACUAUGAUAACAUUAUCUGUCAGGAUGAUCCUAAUUCCCAGAACAAGCUGGAGGACCAGGUGAAGGCCCCGUCCAAGGAGGAUGACUCCCUCAACAUCCACAACUCUCUGACCCCCAAACACGAGAACCACAAGGUCCUGGGCGAGGAGAACUCCUCGGAGGUAAACUCACUGCAGAACAACAUGAUGUGAAAACAAAACAAAAACCAAACCACCCCAGCAACCUGACAACACGACACCGAAAAUGACAAGGUGCGCCGGCAACGGGAGCCCCCAAAUCCCUCCCUGCUCUCUUCGUCCGUCCGCUGCCGAGUGCGCCUUACCGGUCAACCAACCAAUCAACCAACCAGCCUGCCACCGUACCAGCCAAACCAACCCAGUCUGCAACCGUCUACAACACGGCAACACUGCCACCAAGCGGCCCCGGGCCGCUGCAAAAAACGUACACCACCACCACCGCCGCCGCCGCCACUGACCCCGCUAAGAGUAAACCCCCUCCCACCAACCUCACCCUGCCGCCGCCUCGCAACCCCCUCUUACAUCCACUCACGCCCCUGUUUCGCAGCCCAACCCCCUUGUUGCUGUCACCCUACUCUCCCUUAUCUCUCUUACCUGCGCACACACACACACACACAUACACACACACACACACACACAUAAGAAGCACACACAUACAGUGAAAAUAUGAAGACAUCAACAUGCGUAUAUGUAUACACACACACACACACCACCUUCCCCUGCCUGCAUUGGUGUAUUUUGUAAAAAGAAAGAAAUCAUACAGAAGUUUAAAACGUACGUAAAACGUCAUUGUAAAAAAAAAAGUAAAGAUAAAGCUACUGAGAGGUUUUGAUGUUUGUCUGACUAAUCCAGUGAGUAUGUAUAAAUAUUGGAGAAAAAAAAUUAGCUUGGAUUGAUUUAAAAAGAAGCAACACAAUGUGUCUUGGUUUUCAUUGAUGUGAUUUCUAAUCCUUUGAUGUACUUGUUUUUUUGUUUUUUUUUUGUACUUUUUUGGGACUUCGAACAGAGAAUAAACAAACGAGAUUCAGACAGUUGUUGAAAUAAACCUUUUUAACAUGA